AAUAAAUCUACUUUAAUUUAGCUACAACCUUAGAAAUUCAAUAAUUUUCCAGAAGUUGCACACACUUUGGCGCAAACUGCUGGCAGACACUGUGUUACGCUAUUUUCAUAUGUAGCAACGCCUGGUGGCAUGGAGAAAAACUGUGGCAACGCUGUCAGCUUGGGAAAUUUGUUGCCCAACAAACGGUGUGGCAACAAGAAUCGCCAGCGCAGCACCCCGAUCCGCUUGGAGCAGCAGCUGACCAAGAAGGAGCGCACCACAAAGUUGCCGCUCGUUGGCGCUUUGGUGCACAAGGCGCUGCAAGUACGCAACUGUGACACCAACUCAACAACAACAACAACAACCACAACAACACAAACAUCUCUGCAAUUUAAGGCAGACAACAACAACGAGAUCUCCAGCAUGGUUUUGCCUUUUGGCCUGGGGCCCGAUGGCCACAAUGUGGAUGCCAUACAGAGUGCACCGGCGCCGAGUGCACCACCAGCUCACAUGGUGGCGCCUCCGCUUUAUGCACGUGGCCAGACAAAUAUCUACACAGGCGUGCCCAUCAUUGUGAAUCCCUACAUAGACUUCAUUGUGGUCAAUGGCGACGAUCGUUACAUGAUUCGAUGCGAGCGCAAGUCGGUGCUGGAGCGCAGUGUGGAGCUGGCCAAGUUAAUACACGCUGGCCCAAACAGUGGACGCAAGAGCGACAACCAUUUCCAGAUACUCAAUGUGGAUAAGAAUGAUUUCGAGCUGAUCGUGCGAUAUAUGGAAAAGCAUUUCAUACGCUAUCGCGAUCACAAGCAUCUGCUCAAGAUACUCGAGCUCUCGGAUCGCUUCAAUGUGCCCGAUUUGAUCAUUUACUGCAUUCGUGAACUUGAUCUCAGCAUUUCGAGUGCCACCGCACUGGACAUCUACAAGGCGCUGUGGUUCUAUCAGGGAAUCGCGCUGACAAACCAACACCAGACGGUGAUCACCACCCAAGAGACUGCCCAACAGCAGGCCAGGAAGCAGGCAUCCAAGGCGAAAGCGGCGGCCAAGCAACUGGCUGCCGCUCAAGCUCAGGCACAACAGGAUGGCGGCGAUGGCGACGGAGCUCAGGUUAAUCUCAUUCCCAAUCCGAAUCCCUUCACGACCGAGGACUACGGCGUGGCGCUGCUGCACAAUACACUCCAGCUAAUCGAUAUGCAUGCCGAGCUGCUGCUCUCCAUGCCUGCCAUCUGUGACCUCCGCUUCGAGGAGCUGGAGACGCUGGCCAAACGCGACACGCUGCAACUGCGCUCCGAGCUGACGCUGUUCGAGUGCCUGGCCAGCUGGAGUCUGGCGGAGUGUGGACGCAAGAAUCUCGAUGCCACGCCCGAAAAUCGUCGCACCGUUCUCGGUCCGCUUUGCCUCACGCCGCGCUAUCUCCGCAUGACCCCCAACGAGUUUCGACGCUGCUGCGAUCGCAUCGAACUGCUGCCGCCGCUGGAGAUUUCGCUAAUCAGCGAUGCGCUUGAGGGCAAAAAGCUGAAGAACCUCACGGACCAGCAGACGGAAUUGCUGGAGAAGUUUCGCCCCCCUCGAGCUGAAUACGCCCGCAUGCCUGUGCAUCUAAGCGAUCGAAGCAGCCCGAAGAACUAUCCAAAGAAGAUGCGGCUGGCGCACGAGGGUCGAGCCACCGAGGAGGGAUGCUGGGAGAAGGUUGGCAUCAAUUGUCUGCGUGUGUUUGUCUGCAUUUUCGAUUGACGAACUAGAGAUGGAGAUGCAGAUGGAGAUGGAGUUGAAGAUGGAGAUGAAGAUGGCGACAGCGUUCCGGCGACGAUGAAUCCCACAUAGACUUGUUGCAUUAACGAAUAUUAGCGCUUAUGAAUUACAUAUAUAACAUACAUAUAUACAUAGUUAAUGAUGUUGAAGAUGAUGAUAAUGACGAUGAUGUUAGUCUAAUGGGCAAUACAUUUACAAAAAAACACACACACACAUUACCAAGUGUUACCAAGUGCUGGCCAGACAAAAAAAAAAUGGUCUGGCAGUGAUUUUAUAGCAGCUGUUUCUAACAUACUUACUAUACGAGUACUAUAUAGAUGAUAUAUAUACUAUAUACAUACAAUAUAUAGCGAAUGUAGGUUUAACUGUCGUCGCCAACUGAUUGUUUGGGUUUUUGUAUUCAACUAGUCAAUGAUAUAUACUAUAGAUAUAUACAUACAAUAUAUACAUAAGUAUAUAUAAAAAUAAAGAAGCAAAAACAACAACAACAAAAUCUAACAAAAAUGUAAAACAGGAAAAAAAACAAAAACAAACAAAUUUUAUACAAACUUUAUGCAACG